UUCAAAAACCUGUAUUGAACGGAAAUUUGAAAAGCAACGGUCCAAUUUCAUAUCAAGAAUUCAAAAUCUGCAAAACCCGUGAAAGCUUUGCCUUCAUUUCUUCAGCGCUGGAGAAAGAUGGGUGUGAAGAAUCUGUGGGACAUCUUGGAUUCUUGCAAGAAAACUCUCCCCCUUAACCAUCUCCAGAACAAGAGGGUGUGCAUAGAUCUAUCUUGCUGGAUGGUUCAACUUCAGAAAGUAAACAAAUCCCACUGUGCUCUCAAGGACAAGAUUUAUCUUAGGGGUCUCUUCCACCGCAUCAGAGCUCUCAUUGCCUUGAAUUGCAGCCUCAUCUUCGUUACUGAUGGAGCAAUUCCUGCUAUCAAAUCUGCUACUUAUAGACGGAGAUUAAAUGUUGGAAAUGAGCUUUCUCAGGAAGAGCCAAAUAUAAAGCAACUGUCAUCAAUUCGAAGAAACAGUGGAUCCGAGUUUUCAUGUAUGAUAAAAGAAGCUAAAGUUCUUGGGAAGGCACUUGGCAUUCCUUGCUUAGAUGGGAUUGAAGAGGCUGAAGCACAAUGUGCGUUACUGAACUCAGAAUCAUUAUGUGAUGGAUGUUUUACUGCAGAUUCUGAUGCAUUCUUGUUUGGAGCAAGGACUGUAUAUAGAGAUAUUUGCCUCGGCGAUGGUGGUUAUGUUGUUUGUUACGAAAUGGAUGAUAUCGAGAGAAAACUUGGGUUUGGAAGGAAUUCCUUGAUUACUCUCGCUGUUAUCCUUGGAGGGGAUUACUCACAAGGAGUUUACGGGAUUGGCAGGGAGUCUGCUUGUCAGAUUGUUAAAUCACUAGGUGACAGUACGGUUCUGCAACGAAUAGCCUCAGAAGGAUUGUCUUUCGUAAAGAAGACCAAAAAUUCGAAAAGGCACAUCGAAGCCAUGCAAUGUGAUAACAAAGAAAACUUUCCUACUAAUAAAGAUGUCCUAAAAGGCGAUUUACAAAGGGACAAAGAAGUGUUGCAAGUAAUAAACGCUUAUUUGGAGCCGAGGUGUCAUCCAGUCGACUCUGAUGCUGUGUACAGGGUUCUUGCAGUAUAUCCAUUCGAACGAAACCAAUUUCAGCAGAUAUGUGGGAAAUAUUUUAAUUGGCCUUUUGAGAAAACAGAUGAGUACAUCCUUCCUAAGAUUGCUGAACGAGAAUUACGACGAUUUUCUAAUCUGCGAUCUACUUCAACAAAAGCAGGACUCCAGGUUUCCUUGAACGAGAUGCCAAUUAAGUGCCCGGUCUCUAGCAUUAUCAAGGAAAGAAAAGUUCAGGGAAGAGACUGCUUUGAAGUUUCUUGGGAUGGAGUUGAUGGACUCGAGACCUCCAUAGUUCCAGCAGAUCUUGUACAGAGUGCUUGUCCCGAAAAGAUUAUCGAGUUUCAGGAAAGAAGAGCUCAAAGGAAGAAAAAACCAAAAUCAAGACGGAUAAGAGUGGACAACAGGCCACCCUCGAGUGAAAUCGAGCUGAAGCUGCAAGCAAUGCUGCUGGAAAUCGACCAAGAAAAUGCAACCGUCUUCCAUGGAUCACCCGAAGUGACUGAUCUCUCGAGUCCUCCACCUCCACCUCCACGCCAUGCUUGUCUACUCAGCAAGAAUGCAGAACCCGAAACUGAAGUAAUUGAUCUCUCGAGCCCUCCUCCCCGCCAUGCUGGAGGAAGCUCAGAGCUUCAAAUCGAUGAUUUUCAACGCCCCCCCGUUGAUGUAAUUGAGUUGAUGAGUGAUUCAGACAAUGAAAUGUUCUCCCCUGACCAUCUCAAGAAAGCAAGAGAGCUAAGAUCUUUCCUAGCAAGCAUUCGAGAAGACAUUUCUUGAAGGAUGAAUUGAAUGGGAAAUGUUUGUAUCAUAUUUGUGUUAUUUAUCUACCAUAAACAAGCUAACUCAGCUUUGAUUGUAAGGCUUCACACUAUCAUGUAGAUACAGCAUAACAUUGUUCGAUUUUGUCUUAAUUUCGAUAUCCUGACAAAAUUUAAAACGAAACUAUUAACUGCCAUGAUAAGAUGAACCAAAAUUAGUUGUAACAA